CUUGGAGCAACAACUACACUGUCCGGAGGAGCGCGCGCGUGUGUCUGUUUACUGUGAGCUUCACGAGCCUGUUUGUCUCCAUGAGGACGUAAAGGUGCCGAGAACUUAACGGACUCUUUGUGGACCUGCCGAAAAACUGGAGCCAUGGAUUAUAUAAAACACUACAACAUUUAUCUCUCCAUCGUCAUGCUGAUUAUCAGCACCUGCCAUGCUCUCUUGGACAGAUUUCUGGAUUCAGAGGACCAGUUUUUUUGGCCAGACGCCAGAUGUGAUUUUGAGUCACCAUGCCUCUGGACUUUAUCAAAUCACAGCGACCAAAGUGACUGGUCAGUCGUGUCACCGCACCAACCAGAAAUCACUCAGGUGGGGAUGACGCCUACGACCGACAGCAUGUGGAGAGGCUCUAAUGGGCACUUUCUUCUCCUGAGCCCCUCGUCUGCAGCUGAGGCCUCUGGGAGAUGCGAGUACCACUUAACCAGCCCAGUCUUGCCAGCAACCUAUGCGCACUGCGUCUUGCAGGUGGCUCUGUAUGACCCCAGUUCAGUGGUGGGGAACCUCAUGGUCCUGAUUAAACCUGUCCGUUCAGAUUCAGCUGUCCGCUCUAUGGCUCUCAAUUACAGGAGACGUGACGACCGCAGGGCUGAGUGGGAAGUUCUGGAGACUGUGAUUGGUAGUGUGCACGAGGACUUUCAGUUGAUCCUCCUCUACACUUCCUGUCUGGGGGAAGAUGGAGUCACUGUGGCUCUGGACAAUCUAGCGCUCAAAGACACUGAACCAGAACACGAGGACAUUGUGCUGGAUGCGGAUUGUGGAGACUCUUUCUACUGUAUAAAUUCAGGAGGCUGCAUCGACCAGAGCCAAGUGUGCAACUUCCACACCGACUGUGCUUUAGGAGAGGACGAAGGCUUCAUCUGUGGUACUCUUCCAUUUGGCUCUCACUGCUCGUUUGAACAGGAUGCAUGUGGUUGGUCCGUGUCCAACCAGCACUCAGCCUGGAGAAGGGUUGCUGGAGAUGAGCUUCUGGAGAAAGAAGACAUGCAGGGUGUCGCUCUGCAGAGUACACCAGGGCACUUCCUGUUUCUGCAGGUAAGAGAGAGUAAUUCUCUUCGAGAGGCAUCCAUUCAGAGCUCCUCUUUCCCUCCCCCAGUGUCGUCUACUGCCUGCCAGAUGCGUUUCUCUCUCUACUUGUAUGGGGUCUUUAAUGGUUCAUUGCUGGUGGCUAUUGAGGAGAAUGGGACCACCACCGCCCCACUGGUCUGGGAGAGAAGUGAUCAGUGGACAGACGAUUGGGAAGAUGUUGCCCUGCAGCUGACUGGCCUUCAUCAUGGGUUCCACGUGAAAGUGACAGCUGUGUGGGGUCAAGGCUCCAAUGCUGACGUCGCUCUGGAUGACAUUGCAAUUGGAGCAGCCUGUUUCGGCACAGAUGAAAACUCUCUCCUGCCCAUGGCAGACUUAGAGGAUUUCUUAAGCCCUCUUCCAGAGCCUUCAGCCUCAGAGGUUUCUUUGAUGACAUGGUGGUUUAACUCAUGCGGUGCCAGUGGUCCCCAUGGCCCGACCCAGGCCCAGUGUGACAGCACCUACAGAAAUAAAAAUGUCAGUGUCAUUGUGGGGAAGGAAGAGCCCUUGAAAGGAGUCCAAAUGUGGAAGGUGCCUGCAACUAACAGAUAUCUGAUCUCUGCUUAUGGGGCUGCAGGAGGGAAAGGAGCCAAAAACCACAACAAACGCAACCAUGGGGUCUUCAUAUCUGCCAUAUUUCCUCUGGAGAAAGGAGAUACACUUUACAUCUUGGUUGGACACCAGGGAGAGGAUGCAUGCCCCGGGAGAAAUCCCCACACUCAAAAGAUCUGCCUUGGAGAGUCAUCAGUGAUUGAAGACAACCUCAGGGGAGAGGAUGGUGUAGAGUGGGCUGGGGGAGGAGGCGGAGGAGGCGGAGCCACCUACAUCUUUAAGAUGGAGGGAGGUGAGCUGGUCCCCUUGCUAAUUGCGGCUGGUGGAGGGGGAAAUGCCUACAUGGAAGACCCAGAGUCAAGUCUGGACCAGAUACCACUGGAGCAGUAUGAAAACAUUACCACAGCUCUGAGUACCAAUGGGCAAACUGGUGCUGCAGGUGGAGGUGGAGGCUGGAAAGACAGUCCCAGUCCUCACCUGAAGGCGGGAAGGUCUCUGGUGGAGGGUGCUGAGGGGGGGUCCUCAUGUCUCCUGGCCCAGUCCAAGCUCAGCUGGUCCACUUUUGGGGGAUUUGGAGGUGGAGGUGGAGCCUGCACAGCUGGAGGCGGCGGUGGAGGUUACAGAGGAGGUGACGCUGCACUGACAGAUGAGAUCACAGCAGACGGUCAGAAUGGAGUCUCAUUCAUUCAUCCAAUGGGAGAGAUUUUCCUUCAGCCUCUGGCAGCGAUGGAGAGUCACGGUGAGUGUGAGAUCAAGGUGCAGCUGAAUUGCAGCCACUGUCAAACACAGAGCUGCAGACGAGAUGAAGACACUCACCACAUUCUCUGUCUCUGCGACGAUGACGAGGUCCUGGCCAGUGACAAUGUCACCUGUAUUGGCACCAUUGCAGCUCCUCAAGGCCCGGCUCUGCAGGGCCAGAUGUCGACAUCUUUAAUCCUGGCAGUCGUGGUCUCCACCAUUGCAAGCGGCAUCGCACUGAUCUGCACCGGCAUCAUCCUCAUGUGGUACCGAAGGAAAAACGACCUGCAUGCAGUGAGGGGGCGUCUGCAGAGUCCAGAGUACAAGUUGAGCAAGAUCCGCUCAUCCACCAUCAUGACGGACUACAACCCCAACUACUGCUUUGCAGGGAAGGCCACCUCGCUCAAUGAACUGAAGGAAGUACCACGCAAGAACAUAACACUUCUCAGGGCUCUCGGCCAUGGUGCAUUUGGCGAAGUCUACGAAGGACAAAUUCUGGGGAUGAGCGGUGAUAACAGUCCCAUGCAGGUAGCCAUAAAGACUCUUCCAGAAAUCUGCUCUGAACAAGAUGAAAUGGAUUUCCUGAUGGAGGCUUUGAUUAUGAGCAAGUUCAACCAUGACAACAUUGUGCGUUGCAUCGGUGUCAGUCUGAACAUCCUGCCACGUUUCAUCCUGCUGGAGCUGAUGACCGGAGGUGACAUGAAGAGCUUCUUGAGACAGAACAGGCCACGAGCUGGCCAGACGUCUACUCUCACCAUGCGGGAGCUGCUGCAGAUGGCCCGAGAUAUCGCCUUUGGCUGUCGUUACCUGGAGGAGAAUCACUUCAUACACAGAGACAUUGCUGCUAGAAAUUGCCUGCUUACCUGCCCUGGACCAGACAGAGUGGCCAAAAUUGGGGACUUUGGGAUGGCAAGAGAUAUAUACAGAGCCAGCUAUUACAGGAAAGGUGGACGUGCCAUGCUGCCAGUUAAAUGGAUGCCACCAGAGGCCUUCAUGGAGGGAAUCUUCACCUGCAAGACUGAUACAUGGUCAUUCGGAGUGCUGCUGUGGGAGAUCCUCUCUCUGGGUUACAUGCCGUAUCCCUGUAAAACCAACCAGGAGGUGCUGGAGUUUGUCACCAGUGGAGGCAGAAUGGAUCCUCCAAAGAGCUGUCCAGGGCCUGUUUACCGGAUCAUGACCCAGUGUUGGCAGCACUGUCCUGAGCACCGGCCAAACUUCUCCACUAUCCUGGAGAGAAUUAACUACUGUUCUCAGGACCCAGAUGUAAUUAACACACCUCUUCCAGUGGAAUAUUCCCCCUCCACAGAGGACGAUGGAUGCACAAUAAUCCGUCCCUCAGACCACACCUCCACCAGCCUCACUCCACUCCUGGUGUCCCAUUCUGUUUCCCAGGCUUCCUCUCCCCAGCUUGGUCUCUCCUCUCUCGCCCUGGGUCCCACCCCUCUACCCCCCCAGCCUACAAAACCUCGUCUGCUUCUCCAGAGGACCCAACCUGUCCACCAUGAGGUGACAUCGUGCCGCGAGGCUCUGGAGCCGUCCUGGGCUGAGUCUGUUCCCGCUCCUGGUGUGUCAGCAGGAGGCCACUGGCUCCACCCUGAGCCGCCUCCGCACCGACCGUGCUCCAGAAACAGCUCGUCCUCAGGGAGCCAGAGGCUGAAGAACAAGACCAAGAACCUCUGGAACCCCACAUAUGGUUCCUGGGUUUUGGAAAACUUCCGGGGGAAGAAGACACUUGCUCACACUCAGUCGAUGCCACUCUCAAGCUCCGCCUCCUCCGCCGUCAACACAACCUCAGAGAGCAACCAGGCUGGCUGCGACAGCUCCCACCUUAGCCCUGCCAGCCUCUGCGCCUCCUCCACCCCGUCCCCGUCCUGCCAGGCUCCAGCUGCCCCGCCCACAUCCUCCCAUAAGACCCCAUCAGGUGGCUCCUCAAAAGCAGGUAUGGACCUGGCAAAGCUCCAGAGUUUCCCCUGUGGCAACGUCAACUAUGCGUACGAUGAGCAGAGCUACGAGGCGGAGAGCCUGCCCCUGGUUAUGCCCAAAGCCCCAGAAGCCAUCACAAACACCAGCUCUGCCCCCAGUGUCUCCUCAGGGACGAGCCUGGGGCUGGCGUUAGGCCUCCACACCUCCUCAUCCUGUAUGCCCAAGCUGCUGCUGAAGCGUCACGCCAGCUACGGACACGAGGACGUGAGGAGACACACCAAAGCUGAGAAACCCACACGCGACCGAGACUCAGGAUUUUCUCUGUCUGAAGACCUCAGCGUUACUCCUAUCUAAGAUUAUCGUAACAGGGGUUUUGGUUGAUGUUAAAAGUAAAUGUCACCUUUUCUCACAACCCGAGUUCCUCUGGGUUUCUGGAACAAAAAGCAUGACCACGUGGGCUCCAACACGGUCUGAGAGCCACAACAUCAAAUUAUUUUAGCUCCUGGAAUGCUGGAAAACACAAACACUCCUCUACACUGUGACACAGAGAGCCAACACUGGACUCAGAGCUCUUAUCUGGGCCUCUGGUACACUGGUACUGUAGCUGAAACACUGAAGUUGAAACACUGGAUGACAUGUGACCCAGCUCUUUCUCAAUUUCCACGUUGCUGGUGAAGGUUGCCAUGAAUAACUGCUGUAGCUGGACUCAUUUUCUACCUAUUUGUUUUUGUUCUCUCAUGAAAGCUUUGGUGGUUUGUUGCAUUAUAGUGAAGUUGGAGUUUGUUCUAUUCAGUGUACAGUAUGACCAUAACAAGUCAAAAAUAUUGAGCCCCUGGGAAAAGAAUCUCAGCUUUUUUUAAAAUUUCCUUUUUAUUUUUCAUCAUUUUUAAUUUCAUAAGUUACUAAAACAGUUUCAUUUAUUACUGUAUGCAUACUUUAGGAGUUUAAAGUACACCAUGGUACACUGCAACUAUUCUGAUUUGCUUUCACCCUAAAUAAUGUGAAAACGCAAAUGCCAGCAUAAGCAAUAACAUGUCUUUGAUUUUCUCCCAACAGAGCUUUCCCUCAUUUGUGUUUUCUACAGUUCCUAGUGGAAGAAGUUUGCGCAGUUGUCCACGGAGAUGGUUUAGUUUUGUUAAGUAUAGAAUUUCAGUCACGUCAUAACAAGGGGUACAAGAGGUGAUCAUAAACCCUGUUUUUGUUUCAAGACAGCGUUACGUGUCAAAUGUGAAUCUUUCUCUGGCUGUCGUUUGAGGUGCAGAUAUUUUCACCUUCGGACAGAGCCAGGCUACCUAAUUCUCAUUGUUUACAGUCUUUAUGCUAAGCUAAGCUAAUCAUUUGUUGAAAAUAGCGCCAGAUUCAUUGUACAGACAUGAGAGGUGUUGAUUUUUUCAUCGAACGCUCUGAAAUAAACAUUUUCCUUUAGGUGUUAAAUAGUUUGUGAUAAUCACUGACUCCUUAUGAAAGUAUUUGACAUUUGUGCUGAGAUUUUUUUUUUGUCAAACUACAUAAACUUUGAUUAUUUUUGAGUACUCUCUUUCCCCAUGUUCCAAUAUUUACUUGGACCACAGGAAGUCUAAUAAAUGUGUAAGCGUGUAGAAUUUGUAGACCAUGCAGAUGUAAAAAAAAAUUGCUAUUUUUGUACUCACCUCCGUACACUGGACUAACCCAUAACAUAUGUAGUUUUUUUUUUUUUUUUUAUCAUUUAUUUGUAUUCAUUUAUGUUAAUGUUGGAUCUGUAUUUGUAGUCAAUCACUGCCAUUCAAUACCACUGCACUGCACCCACCGAUGUAGUUCUGGUAGUACCCAUGUUUACGCAGCAGGGGGAGGUAUUUGACGCCUUGAUACGAAGCACGCUGCAGCAGGUAUCUCAGUUCUUACAGUUCAAAUGUCUAUUCACUGUUUAUGUUUUCAGGUUAUUCUUAUUUAAUCGAUUAGUUGUAUUCAAUAUGUGUCUUUAUUUUGAGGGUAAACUUGUUGAUACUUUAUUUUUUAGUGUGUUGAAUGGAUUGUUACAUUCAUAUAAGGGGUGUAUGCUGUAUGUUUUUAUGCUCGGGCCUGCUGAUAUUGGUGAGUGUUGCUCAGUCAACUUGAAAAAAACUUUUAGAAACUUACCUAAAGGCUCUGAUUGUUUUCUUAACACUUACUGAUUUGUGCCAUCUCAAACUAUUGAUUAAUCUGGAGUGUAUUUUACAGAGAAAGAAAAAGUAAUCAUCCUUAUCUUGCUCACAGUGUAUAUUUUUUAUGGCCUGAUGUAUUUUAUUUCACACUCAUUGAAAGUAGUUUUUUUCUGUUCUUCAUGUAGCUGAAGGUGUUUUUCCUCAACCAAAAAUGCAAAGACAUUCUAUGCAAUGCACCGUCUGUCACACUUUGAUCUAACCUAACUGUGCCCCAAAUAAAUCCGCAUAUAUUGAUCUUA